CAGAAACCUUCAGACUACAGGAGAUCUUUAAGAGUUAGUGUUAUCAUUUAUUUAGAAAAAAAAUGUUCUUAUUGAACAGUUUAAAUUGCUCUAAUGUUUUUAAGCUUAUGUAUGCAGUAAAUAUGUCAGUUUCAGUGCCUGACUAUGCAUCCCGAAUUAGAUAUUAUUCAAUGUUUUGAAAAAUUUGAUGUUUUAUAAUGUGAUCUUUUUGCUAUCAGGUGUACACAAGUAUUUUGUAUCUAAUUCCAAGGAUGAAACUAAUACUUAGGGGAAAGCCAGUCAGGUCUAAACUGGUUUCUAGGUCACUGUCAAAAACAGAAAGAGAUACAUACAGGCCAACAUGGCUGGUAAUUAUUUAUAUAAAUGCAGAUAAAUUGUGAAAAUACAAUUGAAUAAGUUUAAAUACCUACCUAGCUAUUAGUUUGCUAUGUGAAUAACACAUUAUUAUUAAACUGAAUUUAGUGGGGGUUGAGACACAAAUAGGAAUUUUAAUGUAGAUUUUUCAUUUUUUUAUAUUCAAAUUUGAACUGAUGUGCCAUUACAAAUGGGUUACAUUUCAUAUUCCUUUAAAACUAAGACCAUCGGUGAACGCUCCUUCUACUUCUAUGUGCACACGUUCUGGAACCAGCUCCCCUUCCACAUCCGUCAUUGUGAAACCUCGUCCACUUUCAAAAAGUCCCUUAAAACCCAUCUGUUUAGGUCCGCCUAUGACCUGUGAUGCACCCUCCUUGCCCUGCCUCAUUUUCUGUCUCGGGUUGAUCCUGUAGUAUAGGCCAAAACGUGCCAAGUGUACUCGUUUUUAUAGCCAUUUUAAUGUUUAAGCUACUGUUUCUAUAGUCAUUUUUCACAUUGUAGUUACUAUUCUAGUGUCUCUGAUUUUUCAUUUGUAUUUUACUUUAGCAGUUUAAAUAGUUUACAUAUUUUUAAUAAUUGUAAAGCGCUUGGAGCUGUAAGAUAAACACUAUACAAAAAUGCCUAAAUAAAUAAAUAAAACUAAAUUAAAAGGUAACAAUUUUCACACACUAAAUUGUCUAUCUCAGAUGAUGCCCAUAAAAAUAAUUUUUGGUUUCAACUGUGAUAUGUUGAAUGACUAUGGAAUGAUGUUAUAUCACAAUAACAGACUCAUCAAAGCCUAUGAAAAAGUUGGUUAUCAGAAACAGGUGGGUAAUGUAGUGAAAUCUCAGACAAAGAAGUUUAUGUCUAAGUUAAUAUUAAUAAAAAUAUCAAAUUAUGCUUACUUUUCUCAGUCCUGCACCAUCUUUUCUGUCUUUGAUUUACAGUGUUUUUGUUUAUGGAUAACUAGUAACUACAUCUUUUUACAUUAAUCGGUAAAACAAAUGUCUAUGUGAUGUAUGCAAACUUAUCCCAUUUCUUAUAAAUAGCCUAGUAUAACGUAGGGCUUGGCUUUUAUUUAAACUACAACAUAGAGCUAUUUUUAGCCACCACAACUUGUCUGCUAGCAUUAUCUUGAUAUUGAUGCACUGUGUAACUGUUUUGUGUCACUCCUUCCUUUUCUUGGCUGGGUAAAAGAUUGUUUGCAUUCAAAUGUGUCCCAUUUGUUCUCAAGAAUGUUAUUAGGUGAUGCAAUUUCUAGAUUUUCUUUAAUAGAAUUUUCAUAUUUAAUUUCUAUAUAAAGCCCGCCAGGUUUCUUACCAGAAAGACAUAGCGAGACUUAGAUAAAAAUACAAAAUGUUAUAAUGUUGUAUAUGUAAAUUAAUAUUUGUUUUUGCGGAUUGCAUCUUUUUUUUCACUUGCAGUAAGUUGAUACAGGUGUUUUGCUUCUGUACUCAAAUUACUUUUUGGAUAAAAAUGUAUUUAUAUUAUUAAAUUAUCAUUUUUUAUUUUUUUUUGCAUACUGUUAAGACCAGUCUUUUGUUAUGUAUUGUUACUUGCAUGAGCCAACAAGUAACACAGAUUAAAUCUUUAAAACCAUAAUGGUACAUAACACUAUUAUGCAUACAUACUUUUAUAUAAUUUAAAAUGAUCUUUGGUUUUUUUUUUCAUUAUUUUUUUUUAUGGAUGAAUGGUAGAUAUAUAUUGAUAAUAAAUGCCACAAGGUAUUAAUGAAAUUUUUAAUACGUGUUUAAAAUUAGAACUACCUUUUUUCUGACAGGAAAAUGAAUUGGGUGUUGGAGUAGUAGGUGUGGCUGAGGUAGAUUUUCUUGAACCAAUUCACAAUAAGCAGGACUUCAAAACAGAUGAAAAAUACAUGUGAGUAACAUCUAUCUUUAUCAUUAUCAGACUGUUUGUGAACAUCCUGAGAUAAAAUCCAUGGAAUAAACUACGAUAAAAUUAAAAGAAUAAAAAUUUUGUUCAUGCAGAACAAGCAGGGUGAAGCUUAAUUUAAGUCUCUUCUAACAUUUUUAUCUUUGGUAGGGCCAGGUCAUAGUAUUACUACUCGUUGAACAUUAUUAUUUACAAUAAUAUUGAUGUUAAGUUAAAAUUUUAAUGUAUGCUCACAUAUAAGGCAAAUUUUGUCCUCCAAAAAAGUUGGCAAAAUAUUUCAUGCCAUAAAUAAAGUUUAACUCUACAACUCAUACAAUUUUUUGUGAGUCUUUUAAGCUUAAGCUUCACCACAAUUUAACUCAUUCAUAUUCACUUCAAAAAAUUAACUGAAUUUUUUUUUUUAUGCUUAUGAAAGAUCAUAUCAAUAUAUUUGAGCCUUUUCCAUGUUAUAAAAAAAAUGUAUUACUAGUACAAAAAAAGAUGUCUUUCCAAUUUAAAGGUCCUGUAUAACUAAUCAAAGGCUUUUAAAUACAGUAACUUAACUAAAACAACAAAUACAUUUUUCUUUAAUUCAAGUAAAAAAUAGCAAAUCUGAACUAAUUAUUUAUCUUAGUCAAUGCUAGUUUGGAUUUUUAAAAAUUAUUAAGCAAUAAUUUGUCUUAGUAAAAUUUUGGGAACAUUAUUAUGUCAUCCUGGAACCCAUUACAUUUUUUAAGCAUUCUGAAUGGAGAGAGACAUAAUUUUCCAUUCCUAUUUUUGGUUCAUGCAUUUUUACAUAAUUUGUUAACUUUACAUAAUGUUUAUGUAAGCUACAAUGAUUUCAUCUUUCAAAUGUAAGGGUCUAUUAUUUUUUUAUUUUACGGAUUACAAAUACAGUUCUUUAAUGAAAGCAUUUGGAGAAAAACUCAAUGAUUACUGGAAUGAAAAGAUUCAAGGUCAAACAUCACAAACACCUCAUGCAAGAAGGUAG